UUAUUUACCCAUUGCCAUGGUGAAUCCUGGUAUUGGUGCUCCAUUGAUGGAUUUCUUUCCUUACUCGCGCAUGCGCUAACUCAGGGUGAUCAUACUCAGAGCUGAUUGAACUGACUCUGAUCAGCUGUUCUAGAACAGGAAACUCAGAGUUGAUCAACCCUGAUUUCCAGCUACAGUAACAUGAAGGUGUGGCAGCCUCACAACAAACAGAGGAACAAAGGAGCCCCGCCCCUACUCACAUGUUCAGGUCAGCUCCAGGGGCCUCGGGUCCCCCCAACAUCCAGGACAUGGAGCUGAAUGAGGAGUGGCAGGAUGACGGCUUCCCCAGACCACUUCCAGAGGACGACACUGAAAAUCCAGCAGAAGGCGCCAGAGACUUCGCCUCACCCACCUUCCUCGCCCAAUCAGUUAACAAUGGAGGCGGAGCUAAGAAGCGUCUGGUUGCGCCAACUCUGAGCCUGACUCUGAACCGCCGCGACUCGAACGAUCGAAACAGUUUCUCUGCGGCUGCGCUGUCAGGGACGCCAGAUGACACACCAUCACUUGACAUCAACCUGGAAGCUCUGGAGACGCCGUCGGACAGCGAAACGGGAACCCUGCCGGACAGCGUGCAUGACCUCGAGUGGGAUGAUGACCUCCCUCGGAUGGGGAAAGGUGGUGCUGUGGGUGUGGCCAGAAGUCCGGUGGAGCAGUCUGAGGGUCUGAUGGAGCUGGAUCAGCUGGACAGCAGGGGGCGUCGUUGGAGAAGGUUCUGCAUCUCGGGACAUGAAUAUCAGGUCAACAUGAGCGUCCUGGAGCCUUACCUGCAGGUCCUGUCCCAUGGAGGUUACUAUGGAGAUGGGAUGAAUGCCAUCAUCCUGUUCACUUCCUGUUACCUGCCGGAGAACACGGUGGAGGACUACGAGUACGUCAUGGACAACCUGUUUAGGUACAUCGUGGGGACGCUGGACCUGAUGGUCUCAGAAAACUACCUGCUGAUCUACCUGUGCGCCAUGGCUCCCAGAAACAAGCUGCCCUCCAUCAAAUGGCUCCACCAGUGCUACACGUCCAUCGACAGGAGGCUGAAGAAGGACCUGAAGGGGCUGCUGGUCGUCCAUCCCGCCUGGUACAUCAAAGCUCUCAUCACUUUGGUCAAACCCUUCAUCAGUGAUAAGUUCAGCAGGAAGAUCCGAUUUGUUCAGAGUCUCGAGCAGCUCUCCGAACUCAUCCCCACAGACCAGCUGCAGAUCCCAGACGCCAUCUGCCAGUUUGAUCGGAAGUUGAACAGAUGACAUUCUGAGACUGUGGUCAGACUGGAGGGAUCCUGGAGGUUGACAGGAGGCCUGCUGACCUUUGACCUGUAGCGUGUACAUAUGAAGAGACUACUGUAUAUUUGUGUUGGUGGGGGCCGAACGCGGAGAGGAUGAACAUGUUAACGGAAGAACUCUGCUGCUUCUUUUCUCUAAAGUUGAACAAGCUUUGACUUCCUGUUUAUUUAUUGACGUAUUUAAGCUGCAGGUCAGAGUGAGGUGCUGGCACGCUGCAGCGUCACGUUUCUGUCUGAACCUCAGAACUAUAGGAUGUGUGGGGGCGGGCCUAAUCAGGCGCUGUAUAUGCAGGUGAUUGAACUGGUUUAGGGUUUCAUGUCCAAAUGAACCACAUGGGCGGCACUUCAGUGCAGGAAGCUGCUCAUUGUUCCGCUGAUUGUGUUUCACCUACUGCACUUCCUGUAAUAAAAGCAUGGAUC